AUGGCGGUGGCAGAUGUGAAGUUAAAUUCACCAACUCAAACAAACAGUCAAAGUGUUGUUGUCAAUGUCAAAGACAGAGAUGUUGAAGUGGGGAAACCAUACGAAGACGAAGAUGGUAUAACAAUAGUUCCUGUAAAAGAACAACCAACAUAUCCUGAAGUUAGCAGAGACUUAAGUUCUGUUGCAGAUAUUCGAAACGACUACCAACAACUGAAAGACAAACUUAA